GCCGAGGAAUGCUCGUGUGGCCGACGAGGUGGAUUGUUUCUAUCCCCCUCGCUAGUUUCUGAUCCUGAAUUAGGGUUAGGGUUUUUAUUCGAUUCACCAUGGCCGGUCCUGAAGCUGAGUUUCGUGUAUUCGUCGGCGGCCUCGCCUGGGCUACCGACGAGAGGAUUCUGGAGGAUGCUUUCAAAAGUUUUGGCGAGGUCAUCGACACCAAGAUCAUCAACGAUCGGGAGACGGGUAGGUCGAGAGGGUUCGGCUUCGUUACCUUCGCGACCGAACAGUCGAUGAGGGACGCAAUCAAGGGGAUGGACGGUCAGUUGUUGGACGGAAGGAACAUAACUGUCAACGAGGCUCAGUCCCGAGGAGGAGGCGGUGGCCGCAGCGGUGGCGGUGGCGGUGGGUACCAGAACCGUGAUGGCGGAUUUGGUGGCGGUUACGGCGGCGGUGGGUACCAGAACCGUGACGGAGGUUAUAGUGGCGGAGGUUACAACCGUGGCGGCGGCGGCGGAGGUGGUGGCUAUGGGCGUGGCCGUGGCUAUGGCGGCGGCGGAUCUCGCUAUCCAAGGAACGGCGGUGAUUCCGACGGCAACUGGAGGAAUUGAGAUGCCUUUGUAGGUUAGGAUCCGUGGGCUAUCUUCUUCUAGUCUGUCCGUUGUCUUUAUUUGCUUGUGCUAGCCUUUUUUGAUCGCGAUCUAUCUGAGUGUUAGAGGUAAAAUUUAAGGUUUUGUUCGUGUUUCAUGUUGUGGGAUAGAGAGAUCAAAGCAUACGGAAGAAGUUGUAUUUGCUUCUUGUUUUGCUGAUUGAUUUGUUCUCUUCUUACUCGUUACUGUUUUAAUCUGAUAUGCAAACUGUACCAUGGAUCUAAUUUUCUCA